GCUCUGAUUCACUUGAUAAGCUCCCAAGGUUCUCGAUUACCUUUUUACAUUCACUUUGGCUUGAUGGAGAAAGUCACUGUUUCUCGAGAGGGAACACGAAAACCCAGCUGUCUUUGCCCAAAGCAUAUACAAUUGAAUACAGUCGUCGAUAGGUAUAAUGUCCAGGUAGGGGGCGUACAAUGAACGAGCUUAUGCCAAAAAUACAAUACUUCCGUGGCGCUUUGUUUCAAUUGAUCGUCACGUCUUAGCUACAUCGCGCGCUACAAACGAGAACCUCGUUUUGUGCGAAGAAUCCGAAAUUGAGAGUACAUGUUACUUUCGCGCAUUACAGAUAUUCCUACAUUAUAAUCUAAUCAGUCGCAGACAUGACUGACAUAUCCCAAAUAAUCAUCCGCUCUCCCCUCAAAUACAACCACCCCUCGCCUACCUUCACCACGCCACCUCUCGAAUGGCUUCAACACACCUGGUCCGUCACGCAUUCCACACUUCCCAUGUGGAAAAAGGCGAAAAAUGUACGCAUAACCUAUAAAAUCAUACCACCCACCUCUCCCCAUGCAGCGCCUCUUCUUGACGACGAAGUGACCUCUACGCCCACUUCUAAGACCUGGAUGCCACAGCCGAAAAGUAUACAAGGCAUCGAUACACCAGAUGGAGAUGGAGCUUGGAAUUGGAGAGGAAAAGGCUGGUUGAAGAUAGCGAGUAGUCAUUGGGAGGUUUUGGGUUGGGGAGAGAGGGAUAUUACGGAGGGGCCUCAUAAGGGUGAGAAAGAAAGGUGGGUUGUAACUUGGUUUGCGCCGAGUUUAUUCACACCGCAGGGGUUAGAUAUUUACAGUAGUCGAAAGGAGGGUCUGUCAGAGGGAACAUAUAAGGAGGUUAAGAAGGCACUGGAGGAGAUGGAAGCUGGUGAUUUAGGAGAACUGGUCAAGGGGGAUAUGUUUGAGGUUAAGAUUGAGUAUUAAGGGUAUCAAAUUAAGGCUA